UGUACAAGUCUUCGGGACGUGCUCAGACAAUGGGGAAGAUACGGACAUUUCUUUCUGGUUUAAUCAUUAUAUCAUGUUUCCUUGUAAGCACUGCACAGCAAACAGGAUGCCUGGAUGAAAAUCCAUCAUAUGACAUUGUAUUCCUUGUGGAUAGUUCUAGCAGCAUCAGUACUCGAGACUUCCGGGAUGUUAAGACGUUCAUGCACACGUUCGUGGAUGGUUUGGAUAUUGACACUAAAAAGGUACAAGUUGGCCUUGCUCGGUUCAGCACCGAUCCCCGCAAAGAGUUCCUGAUAGGGGACUAUGCAAACAAAGCGGAGCUGUUUAAGAAAAUAGAUAACCUUCCAUACCGAACAGGAGGCACAUACAUGGGAAAAGCCAUGAAUUUUCUUAAGGACAACUAUUUCACGAGUGCGGGUGGAAGCCGUAUCAAUGUAAAAGUGCCUCAGAUUGUUGUGGUGAUCACAGAUGGAGACUCAGCCGAUGAUAUAAAAGGACCUGCUGAAGAUCUGCGACAGAAGGGUAUUAUCAUCUUUGCCAUUGGUGUUGGUCCAACGAAUAUGACUGAGUUAAAGGCUAUCGCCAACAGACCACCUGAGCGUUUUGUGGUUAAUAUUGACAAUUACCAAGCACUGCAAGGACUGACGACCACCAUGAAGGAGACAGUGUGUAUCUUGAUGAGGGAUCAGGGGAAAGCCAUUGCCCCAAGGUUUGCUGAUGUAUUUGUCCUGGUGGAUAGUUUGGCCCAGAGAGAAACACAGCAGAUAAGGGAACUUCUCAACCAACUGGCUGUGCAGCUCAAUGUGGGAGAUGGAUCUCAUAAGAUCGCACUGGCUCAAUUUGGAGAGAACGUCGUCAAGGAGUUCCUGUUUAAUGACUACAAAGUAACGGAAAAAGCCAGAGGGUACAUAAAUCGGUUCGAGCCCAGGCCCAAUGGAGAGCGAAAAUUAGGACAGGCCAUAGAUUAUGUUCGUACUCACUUUCUUAACACGGCGUCUGGCAGCAGAAUUGCUAAAGGCUACAAGCAGUAUCUGCUGGUACUGAGAAAAGGGAACUCUUCCGACUCCACUCUGAGGGCCAUAAGAACAAUGAAGAAUGAGGAUGUGACUGUUAUUGAUAUCAGAUUGGAAGCAAAUUUACGCUACCUGUCACCUACGCUACGCACUUUCCAGGUUGAUCAGAAUAUCAUUGAUGUUGCAGCAGAUAUCACAAAACGAAUUCAGGAAACAGAAGUUUUCAAUGUUACAGGAGAUUGCACAUCAGCCCAAGUGGCGGAUAUUGUGUUUAUUGUGGACGAAUCGGGUAGUAUCACCAGUAGCAACUUUCAACUAGUGAAACGUUUACUCCACCGCACAAUUAGUGGCCUCGAGGUGAACUCUGACAGUGUGAGGGUGGGAAUGAUUCUUUACAAUGACAGACCUAGUGCUGAAUUCUACUUGGACAGUUUCGUUAACAAGAGAGAUAUUCUGAACUAUAUUAAAAUCCUACCAUACAGAGGCGGAGGAACUGCAACUGGUGCGGCCCUGAAGUUUGCCAAGGACAAUCUCUUUACUAAGUGGAGGGGCAGCAGGAAAGCUCUCGGUGUUAAGCAGAUAGCUGUCGUCAUCACUGAUGGCAAGUCACAAGAUGAUGUCACCUCCCCAGCUGCUGAGCUGAGGCGCUCAGGAGUCACUGUAUAUGCCCUCGGGGUGAAGAAUGCUAGUGUGGAGGAGCUCCAAAAAAUAGGAUCUUACCCUGAACGGCAGUUUGUGUUCAAUGUGGAUAGUUUUCAGAUGCUUACUUCGCUGGAGAAAAGCCUCAGAAAGAGCCUUUGUAAGGUUGUGGUCGAUAGAGGUUUUGACAAGAACAAUAGAUUCAUCCUAAAACAAGGAUGUGUGAACACAGAGGAAGCCGAUAUUUAUUUCCUGUUGGACCACUCUGGCAGCACUCGUGCCGACUUUGAAGAUGUGAAGGAAUUUAUCCUGGGCUUCCUGCAACUAUUCAACAUUGGACCCAAUCAAGUUCGUGUGGGAGUUGUGAAAGCCGAUCGUGAUCCAACUUUACAGUUCAGCCUGACGGAGCACAAAAACAGAGUCUCCUUAGAAGGGGCUGUGAAGAACAUCAUUCAGCCCUAUGGAGGCACAGAGACAGGCAAAGCACUAACUUAUGUGGCCAGUCUCUUUAGUCAGGCUAAAGCAUCCCGUCCGGCUAGGGUUCAGGAGAUUCUCAUUGUCAUUACUGAUAAGGAAUCCCAAGAUGAGGUGAGUGAACCAGCGUCAGAGCUGAGGAUUCAAGGUGUUUCAGUCUAUGCCAUUGGAUUAAGGGAUGCCAACCAGGAUGAGCUCUUGAGAAUGACGGCUGACGCAACUAAGCAGUUCUAUGUGAGCAACUAUGAUGCUCUGAAUGCCCUCAAGAACGAAAUUAUCACAGAUAUUUGUUCACAAGAGGCCUGCAAGAACAAAGUGGCAGAUAUCAUGUUUUUGAUUGAUGGCUCUUCUAGCAUUUACAGCCUAAACUUUACAUCAAUGAAGACGUUUAUUACCAAAGUUGUAAAUGGUACCGUCAUUGAAAAAGAUAAUGUGCACAUCGGGGUGGUCCAGUUCAGCGAUAAUCCACAGGAGCAGUUUCCACUGAAUAGGUACUACAACCAAGAUGAAGUAGCGAAAGCGAUCAACAGCAUUACACAGCUAACGGGAAACACAUACACUGGAAAAGCGCUCUCAUUCAUUUCAAAGUAUUUUGAUAAAUCCAACGGCGGUCGGCCUGAUGUUCCACAGUUCCUUGUAGUUAUCACAGAUGGGGAAGCUCAUGAUGCUGUCGCUGUACCCGCGAAGGCCAUCAGAGACAAGGGUGUGACCAUCUUCUCAAUAGGUGUGGGCAGUGUAAACACCACACAGCUCUGGGAGAUCAGUGGAACUCGAGAUAAAGUGUACGUGGAGAGGGAUUUUGAUGCACUUCAGUCCAUUGACAAAAACCUCCAAUUCAAGCUCUGCAGCCCUGAAACAGAUUGUCCGGGCAAGCAGUUGGCUGAUGUGAUCUUCCUGGUGCAGUGCACCAGACGGAUUCGUAUUCAAGACUUUGAAAACAUUAGAAACUUUUUAAUCUCCGUGGUGAACAGCACACAGAUUGGGGACAAUCUAAUUCGCUUUGGCGUUAUUGUUUACUCAGGCACUCCAAAUCAAUUUUCUUUAAACCAGUACAACAAUAAACGUCAGGUAGUUGAGGCCAUAGAAACCUUGAAGUCCCCAACUGGAAACGAAAACACGGCUAAGGCUCUUGGAUACUCACUCAAUUACUUCAAAGAAGAGAAUGGUGGGCGCCAGAAACGGGGCAUCCCUCAAAUGCUGUUCGUAAUUACGGAUGGUGAUGCUAGAGACCGAGAAAAUUUACGUGCACGGGCUGGUGAGUUUGCGGACAAACGUAUAAAUGUGUAUGGAAUUGGAGUGGCUAGAGCUCAAGAGAGUGAGCUGGAGAUCAUUACCAAGAACAAAAACAAAAUCUUCCAUGUUGAUAAUUACGAGGGCCUUAAAGGACUGCAGAAGAACAUCUCCAGUGUGCUUUGUAAUGCAACCAAACCAGAAUGCCAGAUAGAGGUAGCCGACCUGGUGUUUCUGAUUGAUGGAUCUGAAAGCAUCAACGAGGAGUCAUGGAGAACUAUGAUUGCUUUCUUGCUAAAUGUUGUGAACCGGCUCCGUAUUUCUCCAGAUCUUUUCAGAAUUGGUAUAGCCCAGUUCAGCAGCUCAUAUCGGAAGGAGUUCUACUUAAAUGAGCAUAUAGAUGUGGAGGGGGUGAAAUCAGCAAUUCGACAAAUCACGCAAAUUAGAGAAGGGACAAAAAUUGGAAACGCUCUAGGUAACGUUGUGGAAUUCUUCGAGGAGAGCAAAGGGAGUCGCACAGCGAGCGGCGUACCGCAGAAUCUUGUACUUAUCACUGAUGGCGUUUCAUCAGACAGUGUGAACGAAGCAGCCGAAUAUCUCCGACGUCGUCGAAUUAACGUCUUUGUUAUUGGAAUUGGGGAUGUCUCGAUGCCACAGCUCAGUUAUAUUGCCGGGUCACCGGAUAGGAUGUGUUGUACUAUUGACAUUGGCAUCGGAUUUGACAACUCGCUCACCAGUUCAAGUUCUCUGUCAAUCUUUAGAGACCAAAAAAAGCUGCAGUCCUACCUUCCCGAGAUCAUCCGGUACGUUUCAGUUGUGCACAACCUGUGCUGUAUCCGCAACCCAACCCUCAAAACCAAUGUAGGGUUCCGAUUGGUCGAUGGUAAUGGAAAGAUGCUGGAUGAUUUUUCCUUCGAAGAGUACGAUGAAGGUGUGGUAAAAAAACUGAUGGCACUUCAGACUUCACAAUCUCUGAAAUUCAACACCCAGCUUCUACGCUCGUUUGAGGAGAAGUUCAGAGCUUCAAAUUCUUAUGUAAAGGUGCUCAUCAUCUUUACAGAUGGUUUGGAUGAGCCUGUUGAGAACCUUCUGCUUGCCGUCAACAGCCUCAGGACCAGUGGUGUAAAAGCAUUGAUGACUGUGGCGCUAGAAGGAUUUAAAAACUCUGCUGACCUGCAGAGGCUGGAGUUCGGUCGAGGGAUGCACUACAAGCAGCUUCUCUCUAUCGGCAUGCAGAAUGUGGGCAGUGUCAUGCAGAAGCAGAUUGAUACAGUUGCCUCAAGGGAGUGCUGUAAUGUGAUGUGUAAAUGCACAGGUCACGAGGGAGCACGUGGAAAUUAUGGUCGUCCAGGGAUGAAGGGGUCACCUGGACUGAGGGGACUUCCUGGCUUCCCUGGAGAAGAAGGAGGACCUGGUGAGAGAGGGCUUCCUGGGUUGAAUGGAACUCAAGGACAUCAGGGAUGCAUUGGAAGAAGAGGCAUAAAGGGUGGCAGAGGCUACAGAGGCGAUAAUGGAGAUGAUGGAGAAUAUGGUUUAGAUGGGGUAAAUGGUGAACAGGGUGUAACAGGAGCAUCAGGAAGCCCAGGAGAGCGAGGAGAUCCAGGCAGCCCAGGUCCAAGAGGUAUCAGAGGAAACCCUGGAAACCCAGGACAACGAGGCCUAAGAGGAGAUCCAGGAAGUCCAGGAUUAGACAACAACUCCCGCGGUCCUAAAGGUGACAUCGGCGGCCCAGGCAUUCAGGGUGAACCAGGUCCAGAUGGUCUUCCUGAUCAAAUUGGUGAUAAUGGCAGACCAGGUCCUAAUGGCAGAAGAGGCUCAGCGGGUCUGCUGGGUCCCAGAGGGCCUUCAGGAACACCAGGACUACAAGGACUCCCUGGAGCCACAGGUCCACUGGGUGCUAUUGGUCCACCUGGUCCAGUUGGGCAGAAAGGUUAUAUCGGUCUACCUGGACCUCAGGGAUCUCCUGGCUCUCCAGGAAGGCCAGGAUCUAAAGGAAGCUCUGGGUCCAGGGGACAGAAGGGCCAGCCAGGUGAUCCUGGAGACAAGGGAGCUUUCGGAUCUCCAGGCCCUAGAGGACUGCCGGGAAAAGAUGGUGCAGAUGGCUAUGGAUUCCCAGGACCCAAAGGACAGAAGGGAGAUUCUGGUUUCCCAGGUUAUCCUGGACUUCAGGGUGAACAGGGUUUUAAAGGAGGAAAUGGAGGUGGUGGUCCUAAAGGCAACAGAGGAAGAGGGGGCAAUGCUGGAAGGCCAGGACCACUUGGAGAUCCUGGCAGCGAGGGCAUGACUGGACACAGGGGCCCAAAAGGACCACGAGGAACCAGACAGAUUUCUGACUGUCAACUGAUCUCAUAUGUCCGAGAUAACUGUGUUUGCUGCAGAGAUAACAUAAAAUGCCCUGCCUACCCCACUGAUCUUGUGAUUGGCUUGGACAUGUCUGAAGAUGUGCUUCCUCAAGGCUUUGACCGCAUGCGUUCUGUAGUCCUUAGACUGCUGGACAAUAUUAACAUUGCAGAGAGCAGCUGUCCAACAGGGGCUCGGGUGGCUGUGGUCUCCUACAGCUCCUACACCAGAUUCCUGAUCCGCUUCACCGACUAUCACCGCAAGAAGCAGCUUAUUGAAGCGGUGAAUAACAUCGCCUUGGAACGCACUUCAAAUCGACGUAACAUAGGCGCUGCCAUGCAGUUCGUGGGCAGGAAUGUCCUGAAGCGUGUGCGAAAGGGUGUCCUGAUGAGGAAGGUAGCGAUCUUCCUCACCGCUGGAGAAUCUCAGGAUUCGACGUCCCUCACCACAGCCAUUCUAGAGUACAAAGCCCUGAACAUUAAGCUUGGGGUCAUCUCACUAAGAAAUGUCCCUAAUAUUAGAAGAGCUUUUGAGGCAGAUGAAACCCAGAGUUUUAUCUUGACUGUGCUGGGUAGAUUGCAAGAACAGAAUACUACUCUCAGUAAGAUCCAGAGUUGUGUUAUUUGCUUUGAUCCCUGCAGACCAGCUAGAGAAUGUGACGGCACCAACCUGCCAUCUGCUCCUCAGGAGGUGGACAUGGACUUGGUGGUGAUUGUGGACGGCUCCCGUAGCAUCCUGUCUGACGAGUACGAGGGUGUGAAGGAGGUGCUCGGCGGUGUGCUCGAUCAGAUCGUCGUGAGCAGUCAACCCAACGGGGCCGACAGACAAGCGAGAGUGGCCGUCUACCAGCAGAGCUCCUCGUACAGCGAAGCCCAGUCCGGUGUCAAAGUGAUUUUCAGCUUCCAACAGUUCCCAGAUCGCAGUUUAAUGAAGCGGAGCAUCUACCAGGAUCUACAGCAAACCGGAGGCUCUUCCCGACUGGAUCUUGCGAUGGAAUACGCCAUAAUGCAGGGCAUCCUCACCGCUCCUAAGGGCCGCAAGAACAAGAUGGUGUUGGCCAUCAUUGGAGAGGAGAUGGCAUCUCAGGACAGAGCGAAGCUGGACCUUAUCUCCAGGGUGGCAAAGUGUGAGGGUGUUGUUCUCUUCACCCUGACGGUGGGUGACCACAUCAGCACUGCUCAGGUGGAGGAGCUUGCCAGCUACCCCUUAGAACAUCACAUCAUUCACCUGGGACACUUGAAACAUGGAGAACCUGAGUAUGCUCAGCGCUUCAUGAGGACGUUCUUCCACAUUCUGAGCAAAAAUGUGAACUCCUACCCUCCUCCAUCACUCCAGCGUCAGUGUAGCAAUUUUCAACAACGUCCAGGUCAGCGUUUGGACUUCGAGGCUGCAGAGAGACCUGUAUAUAGUGUUCCUGUGGCAUCCAUUGCAUACCCAGAUGUAGCGGUGGAAGAGGAAGUGGAGGAAGAAGACGCUGCAGUGGAGGAGACUGAGGACCAGCAGAACUCAGGAGUCAAGUCUCCUAUUGACCGCAUUGACAAUCCGUGUCACCUGAACAGUGACCGUGGCACCAUCUGUGGUGAAUAUGUGCAGCGCUGGUACUAUAAUGAAGCAGUUGGUACAUGUUUACCCUUCUGGUACGGGGGUUGUGACGGUAACAGUAACCGGUUUAAUUCAGAAAAGGAAUGCCUUCAGAUCUGUGGCAAACAAAAUCCUGAAGUAAUCCUGCAGGCAAAAGAGGAAACGGCAUUAGUGGAUGAUGCGUGCUUCAUGAAACAGGAUGUGGGGCCCUGCAGUGACUAUGUUUUUAGCUGGCACUAUGACGUCCAGCAGAAUGAAUGCAUUCACUUCUGGUUUGGAGGAUGUGGAGGAAACAAAAACAGGUUUAACACGCAGGAGGAAUGUGAAGCUCUUUGUGUAAGAGACAUUUAAUCAGGAUCACUUUCCGAAUGACACUUUUGAGCAAAGACUUUCUUCACUCUCAUAUUUAGCAAUCAUUCUCUCUGAGCUAGAAAAUUAUAUUUGUGCAGGUUAUACAACAAAAAACACAAUUAUUUACAGGCACCAGAACACAAUAGCAAAUAAGCAUAUUUUUUUAUGUUCGUGGUACUUUUAUGGUCAGUUAAGUAUGGAAGCUUUGCUGUUUCCGCCAAGGGAUAAAAAAAAAGGUAAUUGUGGGUUUUUAUCUCACAAUUCUUACUUUUUCUCUUGCACUUCUUCUUUCAGAGUUUUGAUAUAAAAUCUGUUUUUAAUCUCGCAAUUCAGACUUUUUUCUCAAAAUUAUGAGAAUAUUUUUUUAAAUCUGAUUUGUGAAAUAAAAAGUUGCAAUUACCGACAUAUAGCGUCGUUGCGCUAUGGGCGUCCCAAGUUCGAAUCCCGACUUGAGGACCUUUCCCGAUCCAGCCCCCAUCUCUCUCUCCCACUUUGCUUCCUGUCAGUUCUGAUCUGAA